AGAGUCUUCUUCGCCAUGUUCGGUAGGUUUUCUUUGUUUUUCGGUGGGUAUUCGUCAUUUGUCAGUGGGUCUUCAUCAUUUUUUCGGUCUUCGUCAUCAUUUUUUGGUAGGACUUCAUCAUUUUUUGGUUCAUUCAGUAGGUUCUUUGUCUCUUCAAAUUUUUAGUAGGUUCUUCACGAGUUCAUUAAGUAGGUUGUCUUUUCAUCAAUUUUUGGUGGGUUCUUCUGGUAAGUUCUUCAGUAGUUUUUCGUCAUUUUUGGUGGUUUCUUCUAGUAAGUUCUUUAGUGGGUCUUAUUCGUCAUUUUUUGGCUAG